GACCGGGGACCUACUCAUAAUUGUCUUCCGCCGAAAGACAUCCAUCGACUCAUCUGACUGACCAAGCAAUUGCGCGAACUACUCUCUGCUGAUCAUAUGAGACUGAGCUUAUCACCCGCUGCCGCAUUGGCUGCGGCGCUUGCCUGCUGGUGCGGAUCUUCAUCAGGACGAGCCCAUGGGACUGCUGACGUCAAGAAGCCCUUGAAUGUGCUCGUCAGCUCCGUGCCGCUGUCGCCCAUCCAUUCCGUGAUCGAAAUCGGGGCUGAGCUGGCGGAAAGAGGACACCAUGUAAGCACGCAACAACAUCAGCAGCGACCGAUUCAUCGAUUGUCCAUGUGUUGCUGGUUGCGUUGUGUCGGCUGCAGGUGAGUGUGAUGAGCCUCGAGUCGGCCCGCCGCAAAGUGGAGAAGAGAGGCCUCAAGUUCAUCGACCUCGGAGUUGGACCCAGCGAGGCCGACUACAGCGAACGCGUCAGAGCGGCAUCCGCAAAGAACAACGUACCAACUCACAGACGGACAUGCCCCGAUUGUCUGUCCUGAGUCUGAGGGUGCCGUGCGCUCCUUCUUGCAGACUGGUAUAGCGAACAACCUCAAGGUGAUCGGCCCCUUGUUCAACCAGCUGAAUGACGCCAUGACCAACGGCACCAAGCGCGUCUUCCCGAUUGUCGAGGAGGGCCAGCCGAAGCCGGAAGGGCUGCCUGACAUAGUUGUGGCCAGCAUCGGGUCUGGAUACCUCUUCAAGGUCAGUCAGUCGCGAAGAGAGGCAAGACGCCGCAACAAUACAAUGAUGGCUUGUGCUGCCUGCUCAUGGUUGGUUAUUUCAGGUGUGCGUGCGGUACGGCAUCCCUUAUGUGGUGUCCCAUCCGACCUUCGCCAUCGCCCCGGUGUUCACGAGCAUGCCUUACGUGCCCUUCAUGCAGUCGAACCUGCCGCUGCACGACGCCAACAUGUGGCAGCGGCUCCUGAAGCUCGUCGUGGCGGCCAUCUUCAACUUCAUCCUACCCAUCACCGGAUACCCCAUCAAGGCCGUCGACCCUGAGUGAGUCGGCGAUCGAGUAGCAAAGCAAAGACACAUGGGCGUGUGUGUGGCUGGUUGGUGUGUGGCGUGUGUGCAGGAUGACCCGCAGAACAAUGAAGAUGAUCCACAGUGUGCCGGGGAUGGAUUGGCCGUUCCAUGCCCCACCACUGUUGCAAUACACGGGUGCGAUCCUGCGCCCCGAAACGCUCAGCCCAGCCAACCUGGAGCCACCAGUGAAAGAAUGGCUGGACCGAUCGGACCUGCCCGUCGUCUACGUCAGCCUGGGAACCGUCUUUGAGGUGAGUGACGGACCAACAGACAUGGACCAACACGCUGGCUGCAUCUUCGCCUGGGUAUAUGUGCAGGUCGACGCAGAGCUGGCCCGCACUAUGAUCCGAGGGCUGAGUCCCCUGCCAGGUCAGCAGCCGCAGUGGCGCAUCCUGUGGGCCCUCCCCAAGAACCAGUGGGACCUCCUUCCGCCUGAAGGCCAGCGGCCGGCGGCGGACCUCCUCCACAUCGAGACGUGGGUCACGACCCCCGCUGCCCUGUCCCACGAGAAGGUCAAGGUCUUCCUCAGCCACUGUGGCGGCAACGGCGUGCACGAGAGCAUAUGGACGGGCACCCCCAUCGUGGGCAUGCCUUUCGCUGGUCGGUGGUUUAACAUACGAGUCGAGCGAUGGUGAGAUGGUGAGAUGCUUUUUGUUGUUGCCGUCCGUUCAGGUGACCAGCUGGACGUGUGUCGGCGUGUGGCAGCCUUUGGGGCGGGCGUGUACGUGGACCGCUUCACUGUCGACAGCGCGACCCUCCACAGAAACAUAGCUGAGGUGCUGACCCAGCCGUCCUACACCUUCCGAGUGCAGCGGAUGAGCGCUAUCAUGAAGACCUACGGCGGCGUCAAGAGAGCCGCAGGUCGGCGGGGUGGGUGACAGACACAAGCAAGAGCCAGGAGAGCGAACGGUGGUCAUGUUGACCAGAUUUGGUUGAGCUGGUGCAUGAGCUGGGUGGCGACUUGAGCAUGCUGGAGACCCCCUCUGAUCGGGAGGGCUUCUUCACGGCAUUCUCCCUCGACAUCCUCCUAAUCGCACUCAUUGUGGUACGGUACACACGACAACACACGCACGACAGACAAUACACACACCCAUAGAGCCUUCCUUCCCCUGUGUGCUUGACUUGAUGGUGGCUGUUAUGUCAUGUGCUGCAGUCGUUUGUGAAGGGCAUCUUGGCCGUCUACGUGUGCCGCUGGUGCUGCAGGCGGCGCACUAGAGUGGCCAGCAAGGACAAGAAAACAGCCUAGUAAGAUGUUUGCUCAAGGGCUGGCUGGCUGACCGAUCGAUCGACCUCCCGACCGACACACACGCAGCACAGCACAGCCUGACUGGGCUCGGGGAGGUGGGUGCCAGGAGGGUGGGGGAGUGCCCCGACCUUGUGUAGGUAGAUGGUGUUGGUAUUUUUGAUGUUUGCCACAUUUCGUUGCUAAAUGUAGGACUUGACGAUGGUUUCAUGUGAGUGAGUGAUGUGUCUUCCU